AGACUUGUUCACAGAGCCGUAUAGCCUACACCUCGACCAGCAGUCACUGACAAAUUAUUCUCGAGAGACACCUACUACUGAACACCGGUAGUCAAACGGUCAACGUAAGGUUAGUAUCUGGACCAGCACUACGCCGUGUCUUUUUGGGAACAAACUUAACUUCAGUACUGGAUUAGGAGGAGACCAAGUAAUGGAUUACGUAGGACUUUAAAAUGUGUACCCUGUCACGGAUAGAUGGGACCACUGGGAUUCUAUUUGUCUGAUUUUGAGGAGAGGUGUUCCAGUAGGAUACAGCCAUAACCUGCCUAGCACUCUGUAAAAUUGGACGUCAGGUAUACAUACAGGAGUAGAAUAAAGGACAAGUAUGUGAUUCGUUCCCGGAAUAUAUGGAGUUAGCAGCGUAUCGAGACAGGAGAUGAGGGCAGUACCAUUACAGGAUAGGACUGAGUGCUGUGAGGUCAGAAGGUCACUCCAGAUUUGUUGACUGCCUAUCUGACUAAGCGGAGUGAUUCAGCCCUGAAGUAUCGUGUGUCCGGAAUCUCCAUCAGGCAUUUGUGGAUAUGAUGUAUUAAAGAGAUAACGUAAUCCUUUAUCAUGAGAAAUAUAAGUGACAGAAAGGUUAGUGAAUACUGACUAUGGAAAUAGUAAUGAUGUCAUUUGAUAUCAAAUACUAUUCAGAGGAGCUUGGCGAUGUAACACAUGUUAACACAUAGAGUUUUUGCAUCAGAAGCUAAUGUGAAUGAGGCUUGAUUGCAAAGUGCUUUCUUUAUUUCUGAGAUCAAUUCGAGUUAGACGAAAUCAGCAAUCAGUUUCAACCGAAAUUUUCUGAUUUUACAGUAUUGCCGUCGUUGAUUACAGGAUAUUCUCGCACUAUCAUUCAACGUUCUGAUUUAAAGUGCUUUAGGGAUAGGUUAGUCUUUUGUACUUUACAACAAAUAUCAGUAAUUAAAAUGGGUUGAUAUGAGGGUGUUUAAAAUAAUGUUUAAAGUGAAACCGGUAUCAUCCACUACUCUGUAAGAUUUAAUACCUCGUGGUGGUUUGACUGUAGAUGGCUUGUAAUAUUCCGUGAACUUUACUGGCGAUUCCAGGUGUGGACGGCGGGAGACCAUCGUCAUGCGUGUACGUGAGGGAUUUAUCUAUACAGGCGCUCUAAGUGUGAUUGACAGCUGGGGCUAUCUGUGUACCCUCUCAAGUUCUGGUGGUAAGACAACAGGAAGACACGACACGGACCAACCCGUGGAUAAUUCACCAGACUCCUCCAGAACGGGGGCCAAGGUUGUUUACAAAAAGACCAAUGCGCAAUCCCUCUGGGGUACAGAUUUGUCUUCUAAUAUGUACUGUGUUUGUAGCUUAACUCUCUGCUGAUAAUUGUGAAUGGAUGCAUGCUAUAUAAACAUUUAUGAUAGACGAAGUAAAUAUGUUCUUUUCAAUAAAUGUCAACUGGAAUAUAUUGUAAUACGGAAGGGAUGACACGGAAUUACUGAUUCAGUAGGUAGGACGAUUAUGUGACACUUUUGAAAUGUCAUGUUCAAAUUAUACACCAAGGAUUACCAUAAGACGACUAUUUAGAAGUGUUUUGUUUCGAAGGUGCUAACGAGUCGUCCGUUCUUCCUCUAACGCUGACUUAUCCCUGGAAUACCUUAAGAACCAAUACCUCCUGUGUAUCUGUCGAUGGCUCCGCUACUAAGGAUUCUACGUCGGAACACGGUACGCGUUUUCAACUUUGUUGUAGGACUGUUGGUGUUAAAAUGAUUUUUCUUCAUUGUUUUCUUAUUGUUCUGUGCCAUAUUGGAGUAUUGUCUUCGCUGAGGAUUGGUUUGUUAAUGCCGAAGGAUGUUUAUAACUAUGGGAUUCCAAGCUACCAGACGUCCUCUGGAGCAUUCCUGGCCGCUCUUCACGACAUCGCUGGUGAUGUGAACUACACGUUCAUCGACACGUUUUGUCUAAACAGCCUCGCUCUGGCCGGUACAGCGAAGAUCAGCAAAGAUGUUGACGUCAUCAUAGGUCCCGCUUGUGGAGAGGAAGCCAUCCACGUGGUGUCGCUACUAGUGUCUGCCUGGAGAAUCCCCAUUAUAACAUGGACGCCAGUCGGGGAGGAGUACUUCGAGUCACACGAAAUAACCACACUCAUCUCUACGUUUGGAACAUAUCAGAAUUUUACACGGUCGUUAGCAACCGUCUUAUUACAGUAUUCUUGGAAAAAUAUAGGUGUGAUAUACUUUGGAAACGAGAUAUGUGAGAAAGUGUCUCAUUAUAUCUCCACCGGGUUUCCUGACAACGACAUACUCAUCCAUCGAGUGGAGAAACUGGACAACUUCACUAAACCGGAAAUGAAUAAGGCCAUCAACAAUGUCAAGGAUCAAGUAGCCAUUAUCAUCCUGUGUGUACCGAGUGAGUUCCUUUUGGAUGUCCUACUAGUGGCCCAGGAGAGGGGUAUGACCAGUGGUGAUUACAUGUUUAUCUACUGUAAGUUUAACCCUCUGAUCAAUCACCCGGCUAUUACCAACAAUACACAUAAAGAACAGAUGGAGAAGAUGAUGAAAUCAGUCCUCCACUUCGGUCCAUACACAAUGAUCAAACCGACAGAGGUUAACAGGUUCGGAACAACGGCAAAUCAUACGAUAGAUGACUUCGUGUUGUAUCUUUAUGACGCCACAGUGAUGUUUGCUAAAUAUUACAAUUCAACAAGACAAUCAAAGCCGAACGCGACAGGACUAGAUAUUGUUAAUAGCAUUAAAAGCAUGCCCCCUUAUGCUGGCAAAUCGGGAUAUUUUGAAAUAUUGAAUAAGGGACAGGCAGUGCGAGCGUUUGCGAUAUACCAUUAUGAAAAUAAAAAGUACGAAACUGUGGCGUCUGUGGAAGCAGGGAUAUUUAAAUCGUUCGGAAGUAUUACAUGGCCAAAAGGACACCAACCCAAAGAUACGCUUCCAGAGACGUGUACCCCGGAGUCCAGCUGUGACGAUUCAGAUAAUACGGCAGCUAUCGUGGCAGGUGCGUGUACCGGAACAGUUCUCGUUAUAGGAGCGAUACUGGUCCUUUUCGUCCUUUAUAGGAAAAAGAGGUUCGAAAAGGAACUAAUGGGAAUGUUAUGGAAAGUGAACGAGAAUGAAGUGAAAAUGCGCAAGGCCCGACCUGGCAAUGGAACUACUACCCAGUCUAAUGGCGAACCGGAAGUCCAGCAAAAGAGGAAACUCGUACGAAUGGAAACAAGAGGCACUUUGGGGUUUGGAUCGUCUUGUAGUUUAGAUAAGAACCUUCUAUAUGCACCGAUAGGAAACUACAAGGGAUCAGUUGUAGCGGUUAAAAACAUACAACGAAGAUCUAUACGAUUAACACGAGAUGUUUUACGUGAUCUGAAAACGUUACGAGAGUUACAACACGACAACCUUAACACGUUUGUUGGCGCUAGUCUGGAGGCACAGAAUACCUAUAUACUGACACGUUACUGCUCCAAGGGCAGUCUCCAGGAUGUCUUGGAAAACGACGACAUUAAAGUCGACUGGAUGUUCAAAAUGUCAUUUGCUUUAGAUUUAGCAAAGGGAAUGGAGUUUCUGCACAAGAGUCCACUGAGGUCGCACGGCAAUUUAAAGUCGACCAACUGUGUGAUUGACAGUCGGUGGGUGCUGAAGAUUACAGACUUUGGUGCCAUCACCACCCAGCCUGAGGAACCUGAACAGGAGGAGGGCGAUUCCGAGUACUAUAGUAAAUUGUUGUGGACAUCACCCGAGUUGUUACGGCUACAGAAGCGACCAUCAAAAGGUUCCCAGAAAGGAGAUAUUUUUAGCUACGGUAUUAUACUACAGGAGGUUUUCCUCAGGGUGGCGCCGUACUACUACAAUCGGGCCUCCAAGACAAAAGAGAUUGUAAACCGAGUUCGGUAUAACGAGACGCCUCCGUAUCGUCCGAAUAUCCCCGAGGAUAGCAACCUUCCGGACAAAGCCGUGAGUCUGAUGACGUUCUGCUGGCAUGAACAUCCGGAAAGCAGACCGGACUUCCAGCAUGUCAGAAAGAGGCUCAUCGAUCUAAAUGGGGGGAAGAAGAUGAACAUCAUGGACAACAUGAUCCACCUGUUAGAGGCGUACAGUAACAACCUGGAGGAACUGGUCACCAGUCGGACUGAGGAACUGGCUCAGGAGAAACAGAAGACGGAUAAACUUCUAUACAACAUGCUGCCGCCAAUGGUAGCUGAGCAGUUGAAGAGAGGAGAGUCUGUCCGUCCGGAGACCUUUGAUGACGUGUCCAUCUUUUUCUCGGACAUUGUCGGUUUCACCACCAUUGCAAGUACCAGUGAACCGCUACAGGUUGUCGACCUCCUCAAUGAUCUGUACACGACGUUUGAUGGAAUCAUUGCAAUGCAUGACGUUUAUAAGGUGGAAACAAUCGGAGACGCGUACAUGUGCGUAAGCGGCCUUCCUAGAAAAAACGGCAAACGUCACGCUGGCGAGAUUGCCAACAUGGCGCUCGAUUUGUUGAGUGCGGUGACUAACUUCCGGAUCCGGCACAUACCGGACGGAAAACUACAAUUGCGGAUAGGAUUACACACGGGCGGGUGUGCGGCGGGGGUUGUGGGUUCCAUCAUGCCCAGGUACUGUCUCUUCGGGGAUACCGUGAAUAUGGCAUCUAGGAUGGAGUCAACAGGCAAAGCCUUGCAUAUCCACGUAAGCUCGUCCAUGAACACAGUUCUGGAAGAUCUCAAGUGGGGCUUCAUCACCAUAGAGCGUGGAAUCAUCGAGGUCAAGGGGAAAGGCUUACAGAAGACGUACUGGUUGAUAGGGAAAAGGCGGUACAAUAGGCCCCUCCCCCAGGAAAUGUUGGAACUGCAAAGUAAAUACCAGGAUGCCCUGGCGACUGGGCGGGCAGUGUCCCCCACGGAAUCCCAUAUUUCUGCUGGAGAACACAGCGACAGUAUGUACGGACGAGCAUUCAGAAAGACGUCCAUUGCGAUUAGCUUUCUGUCGUCACUAAGUCACGACGUAAUGUCAAAUAGGUCGCCAUCAGAGGUGACAGUUCGAGACCUUGCAUUGUCGUGCGAUAGUUUACGAGAACGCCGUCCAAGCAAUGACACUCUACUUUCAACAGACUCUACACUGUCGCCAUCCUCACCGGAAAUGACGUGUAAAAAGGAAAGCAUGCCUCCUAAAUCUCCCUGAUACAUUAUUUCCUGAUUGUGCACAAGCUCCGAGGACAAGGAAAAUGGCGUUUGAUAUACCGAAAAUUGAGAUUUCAUAAGGAGGUUGAAAAUCAAAAUCAUUUAUGCAAAUUUUACAAAACAAUUUGUUGCAAUCAUAGUGACUGUAAAUAUGUAAAUACUUAAAGUAUAUACUUUAUACAA